GGCUUCGUGCCCCCUGCUGGAAACCCGUUUUGGGUUCAGCCAAUCACUGGCUUGGCAGCGGAAGUAGGAAGUGACGUCCAGGCCAGUGAGCAGAAGACGCAGCAUCCGGAAACAGCGCGGCUGGAAGGGACGGAGUCUAAGCGGUGGGAGGACGCUGAGGGAUUUGAGAUGGAGUCUGAAGAUGCCAUUCCUCCUGAAAAACUAGUUGAGGGUUUGAAACUCUCGGAAGACCAAAGCUACCUUUCACAAAGAGAAUGCAAUAAUGUGCGUGCCCCCAAAAUCAGUGAAGGAGAUGUUCCAUUUGCUGACUCAGGAGCCAGAGAAGAUGAUGAGCUCUUUCAUGACUGUAAUGACUCCUUUGAAUCAAAAGUGACAGAAGAGAAUCACAACUGCGAGGUAGAUUCUUCAGAAGAGCAAACAGAUCUAGAUGAAAAAUAUCUGUUAGAACUUGAGAAAGAUAUGUCAGAGGAAGAAAAACAGAAGAGAAGAAACGAGAGUAUAAAGCUAAAAGAAGAAGGAAACAAGCAGUUUAAGAAAAGAGAAUAUGAAGAAGCUGAAGAUUCUUAUGCAAAAGCCCUGCGAGUCUGUCCAGCCUGCUACGGCACAGAUAGAUCUGUUUUGUAUUCUAAUAGAGCUGCAGCCAGAAUGAAACAGGACAAGACAGAAGCUUCCAUAGGGGACUGCAGUAAAGCCCUUGAAUUAAAUCCAGAUUACAUCAAGGCACUCUUGAGGAGAGCGGAAUUAUAUGAAAAAACAGAAAAAUUAGAUGAAGCCUUAGAGGAUUACAAAAACGUGCUGGAAAAGGAUCCCUCGGUACAUCAAGCGAGAGAAGCUUGUCUGCGAUUGCCGAGGCAAAUAGAAGAACGAAAUGAAAAACUUAAGAAAGAGAUGUUGGGAAAACUGAAAGACCUUGGGAACUUUGUCCUCCGCCCAUUUGGCUUGUCGACAGAUAACUUCCAGGUGAAGCAGGAUUCAGCCACUGGUUCAUACUCCAUCAACUUUGUUCAAAAUAACAACCGAUAACGUAAGCCCAACCUUGAAGCCUGCUGAUGGAAGGCAUGUUUCCAAGUGAAUGCCAAAUGGAUUGAGUUAAACUCUUAACUGAUAACAUAUUUAUCCAGAUAAAAGAUUUGAACAUAUUGCUAUGCUUUUUUCCCCUUCUGCGGAGUACUUCAGCAGGCAUGGGCAACUAUGGGGUGUAGUCUUAUUUAAAGAGAUCUGACCAGACGCACUUUAUUCGGGCACUCUGCAUUCUUCCCAGUGAGGAAAUAAGGAAAACUUGGCUUUGCUAAAUGGAAGAAUCCCAGUAGGCCCAUACCUGUUAACAAAGUGCAACCAUUUAAUGUUUUGUGAACUUUUGCAAACCUUAGUCUCAGUGUGAGAGAGCUGUGUGAGAGUUUUUAUCUUCAUGGAAUAAAAAAAUUGGUGGUACUCUUAA